CCCAUUUGGCUUUCCAUACUCGAGACGUUCUUGCGCGCGCUCCUUUUCUCCGAGGAGCUCGUGAGAGAGACCGGGGCCGAGCAGCCGGUAACGUCAGACAUGAUUUGUCUUUUCUUGACCCUCUUCGCUCACGUCUUCAAGACAGGAUGGACGGGUGUGAACGAGCGCACUUUCAUUGCCGUGAAGCCAGAUGGUGUCCAGAGGAAACUAGUGGGAGAAAUCAUCCGCCGCUUCGAGAGAAAAGGCUUUAAACUGGCCGGCCUGAAAUUCCUGCAGGCUUCUGAGGAGAAAUUGAGGGAGCACUACUGGGAAUUGAGAGAGAAGCCAUUCUACAAAGGCCUUGUGAAAUACAUGAGCUCUGGGCCUAUUGUAGCAAUGGUAUGGCAAGGUCUGGACGUCGUGAAAACAUCCAGGAAGAUGCUCGGAGAGACUAACCCUGCCGACUCUCUUCCAGGAACCAUCCGAGGAGAUUACAGCGUAGAAGUGGGCCGGAACAUUGUCCAUGGCAGUGACUCAGUGGAGAGUGCUCAGAGAGAAAUCUCCCUGUGGUUCAAAGAGCAUGAGCUCGUCUGCUGGGAAGAGAGCACUGAGCACUGGAUCUACGAAUGAGGCCUUCCCUUUACCACAUCAGCACACACACACAGCAUUGUGGCCUGAUGUAUGUCUAGCAAUACGAAGUUCAGUUCUACAAAAUUGGUACCAAAGCUUGAAUUCCUUGUGGCAUUUCUAGAGAAGCACCAAUGGGUACGGCAGAGCGCUCUCUGUACUUAAAGCAAAAAAAAACCAAAAAAAACCUACAAAUCAUUAUAGGACUUCACGUUAAAAUAAGUCUUAUUUUUAUUUGCCUUGAUUAGUAGUUAAACACAUGCUGUUUCUUUUGCUGGCCUUUUUGCAAUGUUCAAAAGUUACAAUAGGUAUCUAUUGUGGUCCAGCAUGUGUUUCCUGAAUGGAAGCAUAAAAACAAAAACUUGACGCUAUAAAAAUAUUUAACUGCCUGUUUAUUCAUUAGUUAGCUUGCAGUUUAAAUGCUGACUACUGUUGCAUAUUAAGUUCUGUUUCUAUAUAUGGAUUUAGAUUUAUAUGAUAAUUAAUUUGACUUUUCCCACUAGCAUUGACGCCCUGGUCACAAUGUUAAAAAUAAAUAAAUAAAUAAAUAAAUAAAAAGGGAAUGCCAAGAAUGUAAAUUUUAGCACAUCACUAUUGUCAGCUUGUGUUGUUAAAUUGCAAAUUUAAGCAAAAAUGGAUCUACUACUUGAGGAAUGCAGAGUUUAUAACCUGGAAAAAAAUGUAUGUGCUGCACUUAUAACAAUCUCGGACGGAAGGCUUGUGCUAACAUGAGUCAUAAACCACUCCAGCAACUUUAUUAAAGCUACACCCAUUUUUAAACUUAAGGAAAGGCAUUGUUUCAACAUUGCAUGUGGCCUCUUGUAGAUCCUGACGCGUAUGUGUUACUGUAUGUAUGGAUGACAAUUCUGACAUGUUUCUUGUGUUCUGCUGACCAAGUGGUGUACUUUGUUAUAAAAUAAAGGGUUUUCUAAAGCCA